AAGCAACGGAGCCAUGCGAAAAUGAUAGGCACCAGUCGAACAGAUAAAUCGACCCUAAAUUCUUUUCCCGUAUGUUGAAACUGCCGAGGCUAUUCCAAGAAUAUGUAAGAUACACCUCAAAGGGCCGUGGGAAUUUUCACUUUGUUGUCUCUUACUUCCAAAUUCUAUGGCGUCGCGUUUGGUGAUCCCCAGAGCUCGAGUGACUUUGGGAAAUAUUGGACCGGCCUCUGGAUCGUUGCAUCACCAAAAACGUGUCGGAAGAGGCCAAGGCUCGAAUCAUGGAGGAACGGCUGGACGCGGUAACAACGGUCAGAAGAGUCGUUCCGGCCCAGGUAUCAAGCCAGGAUUUGAAGGUGGUCAGACUCCCAUAACAAGGCGAUUUCCAAAGAGAGGCUUUUACAAUCAGAAUACCAAAACAUGGGCGCCAGUGAAUCUCGAACGACUUCAGUUUUGGAUUGAUCAAGGACGAAUAACGUCGAGUCCUGAAAAACCUAUCACUGCAAGGGAGCUGCUGCUAUCGGGAUGCAUACACGAUGCCCACGACGGCGUCAAGAUCCUGGGCGAUGGUGCCGAGCAUUUCAAGUCCAAGAUUUAUAUCACCCCUGCCCGAGCAUCCAAAACAGCUGUCAGCGCCAUUGAGAAACUAGGAGGCACUGUGGUGUGCAAGUAUUAUACCCCACAGUCAUUGAGGGAUUGUCUGAAAGGUCGUACGGAUCGCAUCGAGGCUGCUCCAACGCGUCGUGACGAUAUCAUUUGGUACGGGCGUUAUCGAAAUCGUGGAUACAUUGCACCUCAGACACUGGAUGCUGCUGGCAAUCUACCAUUUAUCGAAGACAGGUGGAAAGUCCUCGCAAAGGAGCUUGGUGUCUGGAAAGACCAGAGAUUUGACAAACAGAAGAAAAGAUAGUAUAGUACACUUGUUAAUACAUCACGAAUCUGUUUCCAUACGAUCUGGAGAGAUGCUUCUACUACGAGACCGGAAUGGGGACGGUGACCGCGAACCCGACCGGGAACGAGAAGGGCUUCUGGAAAUGAAAC